AUGGACGUGCUGACGGAUAGUACUACUCUACAAUUUCUUUCUACCCUGCAGGGAUAUGAAAAUAAAACCAAAACAUGUGGGAGUGUAAACGACACAGCUGAUGAAGAUGAUCAACUGAGCCUUUGUUGCGUGUGUGGUCAAACAUUUCCGAGUAUCAAAUCUCUCCAUACGCAUAUCAAUGUUGUACACGAAGAAGUUGCAGACUCUUUUGAUUUCCAUUCAGUAAAUGGUGAAAAUGAUGACUCUCCUUCUGUUACUUUGGGUUCUCGAGUUUCUCUAUCUUCCAGCAGUGAAGAAUUUAUACCCAGAUCAGAAACUUCAGUCGUCUGUGCAAAUUGUAAGAACACAUUUCCAGAUAUGACAAGUUUACGAGCUCACAUCAACACUGUACAUCAUGGUAAUCGAACAGCUCAGUGUGAUGUAUGCAUGAAAAUAUUUUCCACCCCUUCUUAUCUUCGAAUGCAUAUCGCCACUGUUCAUGAAGGUGUACGCGCAUACUCUUGUGACCUUUGCGAAAAAAGCUAUACUCAGAAGCAUUCUUUGAAAAAGCAUCUUAAAAGCUCUCAUUCAAGUGUUUUCAACCAGACUACGUUAGACGAUUUAACAUUGCGUAAUGGUGCACAAUCUAAAUGUACCCCAUCUUCACGUCCUAUUGAAACACAUACUUUUAAAUCACGUAAAAAGUUACUUGUGGAUUCACCUAUCAUGCGUGAUUCCUCUAGUCCUAGUCCAACUGGAUCAAAUGAUGUAGGUUUCCAUUCCAUUAAUAUAAUUUAAGUAUACGUUCAUUUUUUGACGAUUGUGUUGCCUGAGCCCAUUUAUUUCUGCUUGUUAUAUUUGCAUGCUUAAGUUGAAUAUAUCUUUUUUGCAAAAAUAUGUUUACCACAUGUGUCUAUGGCCAUGUAGUGGAUUUAACCUACUACCAUCAGAUCUCAAGGCAAGCACGUUACUUGUCAGCCACUGAGUUGGAACCAAGUCAUACAGAUGUUCUUACCUCUAUCAAUUUUCAAAUGAUCUCAAUCCAUCAAGGAUACUACUGUGAAUGGUUGGUGGGUUUUGCGAAGGGAUCAUUCUACUAUAUAAGCAAAUAUUUUUUGCGACAAUUGUGUAUGUGUGGUACAUAAUUGUCCUUAGUCAUAUAUCUAUUUUUCAAAUUGCAUUUCAUAAUGACAAAGAAGUUUUAAGGUAUAUUGCUUUAAGUAAAGAGAAUCAACAUAGGGAUUUCAUUUUUUGAUAUAAUACACGAAGUUCAGUUUUAUUCACUGGAUGGUGUUAUGAGCAUAGUUUGUUGUACUGUCUGCAGGGGACUCAAUCACACAAUAGGAUUAUGCAGAUCAAUAGUCCCAAAGGUCAAUAUAGUGAGGUAGAGAGGAAGAGAGAGUUAAUGAUUACCAAGAUUUUUGAUCGGGUCAGCGCUCAGUGCGUAACGUGUGAGCAGUGUUAAGGCGACGGGUACUAGGCAAGACGGGAAAGUCAAUCGAUGAGGUUAUGAAACCGUCAUCGACUGAGAUGGCUUGGAUAUGUGUUGCACAUGCCGAGCAAUAGCCUACCUCGACGUUGCAUACUAAGGGAAGUUGGAAUAGGUUGGAAGAGGGUUCAGGGUGGCCAGACCAAGACGUAACACCAGUUUGUCGAUCCAGAGGCUCAUAAUGAUAUCAAAUACAUCUCAAUCAAAACCACAAAUGACCAUACUACAGCCUUCUUGUUUCUUCUGUUAUCGAAACUAAAACAACAGUAAUAGACGCUUCGUUGAAUACAUCUGUGAGACCGCUCCAACGAUCUUUCCACACUUUUGCUUCUGUUUGUCUUUGCUUUCCCAUGUAUCGCCUUUUUGUUUUCGUAUUUUUCUUGUAUUAUUUUGUAUAGUGCAUUUAUUGUUGCUCAUACUGUACCAGGUUUGCAUCUUAAAAUAGGAGCAUAUCGCUUCAAGUUCUUAGCCAUUGAAUUUGUUUGUCUGGUGACAUUGAUGUCAUUGGAUACUAUUACUAAAAGUCAUUCCUAAUGAUAUUUUAGUUUGAAAGUUUCCAAUUGUAUUUUAUUCCUCUCUUUACCUUUACAAACAUUGACAAAGUGAAUUAACUCAGGUGUUAAGUCGUCGUUAUCUAUCUUAUUUGACUUUCUUACACCAUUAGAAGGAAUCAGUGCAAGAUUCAAUCAGGUGCAAUAACUGAUAUAGGGAACCCGUCGCAUAUGAUAUAGUUAUUUAAACCGUUAAUGAACAUCUUACUUUGGAUUCGGUAUUUCUUAAGGUAAUCUUUUGAGUGUUGAAAGAUUCUAGAAAUAAUAGUCACCUAUCAAAUUCUUAUACAUUGGUUUUCAGCUCAGUUUUAGUUAUCCCAUUGGCAACAUUUUGAUUUGAAUAUUUUGGUUGUUUGAAAACUAUUCAUCAUUUGAGGAAAUUCCAAAAAUCAUAUAAUUUCUGCGCAAAAUAUUUUUCAAUGACGUACGCAAUGUUGACUACUUUUUACGGUCACUCUUAAUAUAGUGUUAAUUGCUGCUUCUAUAUACAUAUUUCUGUACAUGAAUUUGAGGAAAACAAAGGCGGGAAAUUGAACAGAAUGACAAGAUGUCACUCCUUGUGAGCUAAAGUAUUGUUAAUACAAAAUUACAAUAUAGACUUAGCUGAGUUUAUCAAAUACAUUUAAUAUGCAACAUAGUUGAAAACUCCAUAAACCAAAAUAAUAAAGUUUGUUAGACAUGUUAGAUUUUCGCAAUUAUAUUUGUUACUCACUUAACACUUGUAAGACAGAAAAUCAAAGGGGUUGAUACUAAGAAUUUAGAAAAGACAAGUUGGAGGUAAAAUGCUUUAAGUAUAGUGAGUUGGAUUAAGUAGAAUAAAAUGGAAGUUCGGUUUGAAUUUGAACACAGGGAGACGAAAUACAUUCAGAACUGUUUAGACUUACCGUUGCAUACUGCUCACAUUAUCCUGAGUAGUAAGGGUAACAUUUUCAUGAAAUUAAGUUUUGUUUUAUUUAUUUUAAAGAUACUAAUUAACAAGCAUUAUGCGUUUCAUCUUAGGUGGAAAGUUCAGUUUCAUCUGAAACCAUAACCCAUUGAAGCUUUGCGAGGCAUUUACUUGUAAGUUAAACAUUAUUCACCUAUCUAAUUCUUAUGUAAUUCGGUGUUUAUUGGAUCAAUUUUCAUCGACUGAACUGUUAGUUCACCUUUCACCUCACCUACUUCGGUGGCUGGCUAGUAAGCUUACUCGUCAUGCAGUAGGUGUGUAUACACAUUACAUGGUUACUAAGUUUAUUCACUAGGAUUUAUUCUUGAAACCUUUUUCCUCUAUUGCUCUAAAUUUCAGUGUCUGGACUUCCAAAUAGGGACCACAACGCUUUUAUUACAUAUUACAUAUUGAAAGC